CUAUUUUAAAAGUAAACGAGAACAUUCAAAUUUAAAUUUAGGGAAAUCUAGAAUUCAGUUGGCGUUACUGAUCGAUUAGUCAGUUAAAAAAUGGUUAAAAUUUCAUAUUUCAUGCGCAUUGUAUUCGUGUAGUCUGUGGCAGAAAGUGGUGUUGGUGUUUCUCCAUUUCUGGUUUAAAUACGUAGACUAAUCUUAUUUGUGAUAUCGUGCAAUAGUUUUAAAUACCUUCGGAGGGAGUGUAAUGCUAUAGGGGAUUUACAAGUCAGCUUCGGAACAUUAUCAUGAAAAUGGUCCUAUCCCAACGCCAGCGAGAAGAGCUUAAUAAAGCCAUCGCUGACUACCUCAGCAGUAAUGGAUACACCGACGCUUUGGAGGCCUUCAAGAAGGAGGCCGACAUGCCCGGCGAGGUCGAACGCAAAUUCGGCGGACUUCUCGAGAAAAAAUGGACGUCCGUCAUCAGGUUGCAGAAGAAAGUCAUGGAGUUGGAGUCGAAAUUGAACGAAGCGGAAAAGGAAUACAUAGAGGGCGCGCCUACGCGAAACAAACGAACGCCAUCCGAAUGGAUACCGAGACCACCCGAAAAAUUUUGUCUCACAGGUCAUCGAGCGCCUGUGACUCGAGUAAUUUUUCACCCAGUCUUCAGCCUGAUGGUAUCGGCAAGCGAAGAUGCCACCAUCAAGGUUUGGGACUUCGAAACCGGCGAAUUCGAACGUACACUCAAAGGUCACACGGACUGUGUCCAGGACAUCGCGUUCGACACGUCCGGCAAACUUUUGGUGUCCUGUAGCGCGGACAUGAGCAUCAAAUUGUGGGAUUUCCAGCAAUCCUUCGAGUGUAUACGUACGAUGUUGGGUCACGAUCAUAAUGUAUCCAGCGUAUCGUUUAUGCCGGCUGGAGAUUUCGUCAUUUCUUCGAGUAGGGAUAAGACCAUCAAGAUGUGGGAGGUGUCGACGGGGUACUGUAUCAAAACGUACAGUGGGCAUCGUGACUGGGUAAGGAUGGUACGAGCAUCGCCCGACGGUUCAUUACUAGCCAGCUGCUCGAACGAUCAGAGCGUACGAAUUUGGGUAGCGUCUUCGAAAGAGUGCAGGACGGAGUUGAGGGCGCACGAUCACGUGGUCGAAUGUAUAUGCUGGGCGCCCGAUUCGGCGUCCGGUCCUAUCAACGAAGCUGCCGGCGCCGAUAACAGAAAGGGCGCGCACACCGGACCUUUCCUAGCUUCGGCUUCUAGAGAUAAAACAAUUAGGAUAUGGGAUGUUGGAGCUGGAAUCGCCCUGUUCGUUUUAGCUGGUCACGAUAACUGGGUUAGAGGUGUAGUAUUCCAUCCAGGAGGUAAAUUUUUGGUUUCGGCCAGUGAUGACAAAACGCUUAGGGUUUGGGAUCUGAGGAAUAAACGCUGCAUGAAGACGUUGGAGGCACACAAACACUUUUGCACAUCUUUGGAUUUCCACAAAUCACAUCCCUUCGUCAUCUCGGGCAGUGUAGAUCAAUCAGUGAAAGUGUGGGAAUGUCGUUAGAUCAAUGGUGAAGGUCCGGCGAUUUUGAAAAAUUUCCAAGCGGGUCAGAACACACCGUUCUGAAUAAAAUGAGUAAAAAAAAUGACAGUAGUUGUGUUGCUAUUCAGCCAGUGCGUGCAAGUAGAACAUUUAAUUUAAGUCACACAAUUUUGGGUGCCUGGUUAUCUCAUAUAACAUAUUUGUCAAAUUUCGAUCAUCUUACGCCAGGUACCAGUUUCCGUUUCAUUUUUUUUUUUUAAACAAAUGGUUUAUUUAACAAUUUAUUUAAGAAAUAACUUAUAUAUAUUAUUUUUUGUUAAUUUUAAUCAACAGCUCUAGAAGUUUCACAUGUAGUUUUUACUAUGUUGAAUGUUUUUUUUUUAAUAGGUAAAUGGAUGAUGUUUGUAUAAUUCUUAUGUUUCUAUGUGAUAUUCUGGUGGAAUUUUUAGAGCGUAACUUAACUUAUAUAUACUGAAACGUAGAUGCUUUAUAGAAUAACUCGCAAAAUUUCACGAGUAGCUAUUUUAAUCAUUUAGAAUGCAGAAAUAUGAUGUGAUGAUCCAUCUCUAAAAAUUAUACACUUAAAUAAAAUGUAUUCGAAAUACUGUGCAAAAAGAGGGUCGUAUUUCUGCUGAUACGAAAUUUUCACUCUUCAAUUCUUAGGUAGAGUAAUUUUAUGAAUGCAACUUUAACAUGAAAACCAUUCUUUUUAAUUCAGGACGGGACAGUGGAAUCGAUUGAUAAGAUAUUUCUGAUUUUAUACAUUUAUAAAAAAACAGAAUAUAUUUAUAGAUUGCGAGUGGAUUUUUCAAAGCAUUCCCAUAGGUGCUCAAUGAAGUUCAAAUCGGGAUUGUUAGAUGGCUAUAUCAACAACAUUCAAGUCUAAUUAUGUGGAAAUGAUCAUUAUAAUUAUUUUAUUCAUACAUCUUAACAUUCUUGAUAUAAUUUUUGCAUCCAAGGUAAGGUUAGGGAUUAGUAUUGGCAUUAUUUGAGCCUUUUUAGAGCUAUACAGACUAACAUUUCUGGAUUAAUUGCCAUGGAAUGUCUAAUAAAAUUAACAAAAUAAUUGGCCAUUAUUGAAUAUUGAGCUAUUUACAAAAAUUCUUCUUUUAAAGAACAAAAAAUAUAUAUGAAUAUGCCAAAUCAAAAAUGUAGUUAAAACGUUUUCUGGUUAAAGUUGUCUUCAGGAAUACUUCAAAGCGAUUACAGUUUAUAAUGAUUAGCCUUGCGUAAGUAGAACUUAAAGCUAAAAUGUAGCAACCGCUGUUUUUAAUCAGUUGAUUGAUAAGAUAUUUUUAGUGAUUUUCCAUUUCGAAAAUUAUUUGUGUAUAGAAAAGAUUCUUCUUGCUUUUUAAUGAAUACUCUGUUCAUAAUAAUUCCUUGUUUAAUAAGUUUUACUUUUAAUUUUUAAAUAAAAAUUUGAAAAUAUUUUCGUAAUUUAUUUUUAACUUUGGAUUUGAGUUUUAACUUUUUUGGUACUUGCAUGAAACAUUCAAACGUUGUUUUGUUAACCUUUUGAGGUGGUUUUAUUCAAAUUUUCGAUUUUUUUCAACAGUAUUUCCGACGAAUUACAGCGAUACAAAAAAAAUGUUUACAAAAUGUUUUGUAACUCAGAAAUAUACUUGUCAAAGACAAACAAAAUUAAGGUAGGCUCUUAAGAAAAAAAAAACUAUAAUUAUAAAUUGGUCAAACUAUGUCUUCAAGCUUUAUUCUUUAUAAAUCUAAAAUGUAUAAAAAUAAAUAUUUC